UGAUUUUAAUUUUAAAAGGAUUAUUAUAGAAAGCAAAACAAAUUCCUACAUCUACAAAUCCUUUUUCAAACAAUUUUGUCACAUUUUGUGUAUAAAGUGUCCUUAAAAUUUCUACAGUUGAAAAUGGAUUCGUCUUCGGAAAGUCUUAUUUUUGUUGAUGGGUCCACUGUGCUGAUAACUUCUGAAAUUGUAAUCAUCCUGUUUCUGACUGCUGUGUUGGUAAAUUUAAAGAAAAGGAUCAACAAGCUUUCUGAUUCCAUACGCCUGAUGAUCUUUAAUUAUAAUAAAAUUCUUUUGCUUGUGGGUGAAUUGCACGACCUGAAAAUAUAUUUUAAUAGGGAUAAAAAUAAUAUAAAUUUGUUGGCCAGUGUCAGCCAUUUGGAAACGUUUGCCAAAAGACACAUGGAAUUCAAUGAGCUUUAUUCGCAAAUUCAAGAAGUUUAUAAUAGUUCCAAACCGAACGAAAUUGCCAACAACUUCUAAAACUCGAAAUAACUAAGGAAAAAACAAAGUAAAGAAAAAGAGAGAAGUGAAUUUC